UCUGCGGAGUAGGUUGGUGUUCGGUAGCAGCGAUCGUGAGACAGUGUGUUUUCGGUCGUUUUUGUAUUUCAAAUUACCACCGUUAUGGUAAAUUAUUGUGUUUGUAGAGGUUGCACAAACUCCGGCCUUUCAGGACAUCGAGUCCACAGGUUUCCUAACAAGAAAAAGCAAGGUGAUAUCUUCCAUGCCUGGGUGCGUUUUGUGCAGAUGAAGAGACCGGACUUCACUUCUGCAUCUGUUUCAAAAAACGCGGUUGUGUGUAGCAUUCACUUUAGACCGGAGGAUUAUCAUCCCGGUGAUAUGAUGGAGUGCAACAUGGGAUGCCGUAGCAAGAACCAAGUGAGACUCAGAGCUGAUGCGGUUCCUUCGGUACACGCAGCGGCGGCACUUUCACCGGGUCAGCCGUUAGCCUGUGGUUCGGCCGCCGGCGAGAGUCACGAUGAUCACGGAUCCGUUGAAGAUGCAACUCAACGAAAACAUGGUGGAGUUGCUGCAGAUGAUGGUCUUUAUGAUGUAGAGUUUGAGGAUUAUGAGGAAGAAGAUGAUGAAGACCACAGUCUUGCAGAUGAUGGUUCACAUAGCAUGAGUAGUACAGUCCAAGGACAGUGUUUCGCUGGAAGCAAUUCCUACAUUACCAAUAUGAAUGAGGCAACAGAGGCAUCCGCCAAACAAGUUCAGAAUCGCUCUGAUGUUGCUCUCGGACUACUGACCAAACGCUUCAUGCAGCUUCUUCACACAGCACCGAAUGGAGUCCUUGACCUGAAUGAGGUUACUCGAAAACUGGGCACACGAAAGAGGCGGGUGUAUGACAUCACCAACGUGCUAACCGGCAUCCAGCUAAUCAAAAAGACGUCCAAAAACAAGAUCCAGUGGAUGAAUCCAGCAUCAAGCGGGAACCAGUGGAGCGCCAAGACAAAAGCUGACUUACUUCAUCUGAAGUCAACAGAGGAGGCCCUCGACUGGCUCAUCAAAGACUGCGCCCAACAGCUGUUCGCCCUGACUGACCUCAAAGAGAAUGCUGACUCAGCUUAUGUGACAUACGAGGACAUCUGUCAGAUCGGCGUUUUCAAGGACCAGACUAUAAUAGCCAUCAGGGCCCCUGAAGAGACCAAGCUAGAGGUGCCCACUCCCACUGAAGAAUCUAUCCAGAUCCACUUGAAGGGCUGCCGGGGCCCCAUCCAUAUACUCACCUGUGAGACUGAGGGCCCAAGUGAAGCUGUGGAUCCAGCUAACACAGAAUCAAAGCUUGUCAAACCUGCCUGCUUUCUAACGCUAGAGGAAAGCCGGAUACACACACAACCACUUAUAUCAGUAAAGGCAUCCAGAAAGUAUAAAUAUCAACGGCGGGAAGACAGUAGCACAGCCGAACAUUGUUGUGUCCCACUGUGCUCAGCUUCCUCAAAGUUCAACUCUGUGCUGAGCUUUCACUCUUUCCCCAUGGACGAAGAAAGACGCAAACAGUGGAUACAAAACAUUCGACGCAAGAAUAUAAUCAUCAGUUCCCAUAUGAGAGUCUGCAGUCGUCAUUUCGAAAGUGAAGAUGUAAAAGAGCCAUCGAAUCCUAAAGGGCGCCGCUUGCUGAGAAAAGGGGCUGUACCCACCUUAUUCCAGUGGAACAACUACUCUGCUUCAGCACCACUGCAGUCUCCUGUGGAUGAAGAUCCUGCACCUGUGGACCUCAAACAUGAUUGUGUUUCAGUUCCUGAAUGUGCUGCAGUUGAUAUUGCAUUGGAUAGGGCUGCAGAAUAAUUGACUGAAAACCCUUUUCCUAUUUGUUUUUACAGAUGUUUCAAAUACUGUAGCAGCUGUACAGAGCGCAUAAGGACCUAAAAGAAGAGGCUUUGCUUCUUUGAGACAGACUACCGCAUCUUAACAGACUUUAUUGGACUUUAGGAGAGACCACUGUGUGUUUAUUUACUCUCUUGGAUUUCAGGACAUCUAUUGUGAAGACUUUUGAUUUGUAAAUAUAUGGAUGAGUAUUUUGAACAGUUGAAAGUAUUUUUUCUAUAACCAUUAUGAGGAAACUUGAAGAUUGUCAUUUGAAAAUUAUGAUUUUUUUUUCUUGGACCAUCUGACAAUGCUGUAAAUUAAAAAUCUGUGGCGGUCGAAGGUGGACGUUGAACCCCUUUGUUUCAAUAUGGCAAGAUAUCCAUGUUUACUACACAGGAAAUGAAUACUUGCAUUCAGCAAGGACACACUGAAUUCAUGAAAAGUGACAGUAAAUUUGAGUACAAAAAAUGUAUUUCAAAUAAAUGCUUUCUAUUCAUCAAAAAAUCCUGAGGAAAAAAAAAGUUUCCUUUUAAAUUUUAAGCAGCGCAGCUGUUUUCAACAUUGAUAAUAAUCAGAAAUGUUUAGUGAGCACCAAAUAUUAGAGUAGCAUAUUAGAAUGAUUUCUGAAGGAUCAUGUGGCACUGAAGACUGGAGUAAUGCAGUCACAGGAUCAAAUUGCAUUUUAAAAUAUAAUAAUAAUACUUAAUAAAUAUAGCUGCAAGCAGCGAUUACCGGGGUUCAAGUGCUUUAAGACAUUUAAGCAACUAUAGAAAAGGGCAUAUUGUUUAGCAAGUCUGUAACCACCUAAAUCAAUGAUUGAAAAAAGCAUUUUUGGCCAAUACAUGUAAUUUGCCAUAGAAAUAUUUUUUUUUUUUAAACGUUUAUGACUGUUAUAGCACCAGCUGUAGUCUGAUCCCCUUAAUUCUUUGCAUGCUUGUUUAGAAUCACUAUGCUUUAUAGGAGUUUGGGAACAUUUGGACAGGCCCCUUUUCUAAAUGACCCCGUUAUAGCUUUCCAAAGGGUAAAGCUCAACAUUUUUUUUGAUGGAGAAUUGUACUGCAGUGGUUAUUUCCAGAUUGAGUGAAAAACCUAGGACUAGUUCAAUCAUUCAACAAACAAUCUGAAUGACAGCAGUGGUUCUAGAGGCAAAGUUGUCCGGAAUGAAGAG